AGUGUCAAGGUCUCUUGGAUCUUUCUCUCUGUAGCGGUUAGGAAGUAGAAGGUGUCUGACUGUAACCGCACCGGUGGACAUCAGCGGAGUGCCAGUGAGCGAGUGGUCCAUCCCUAGUAGGUGCUACAGAGUUCCAAAAAGUGUAUGAUUUUGACUUUGGAAGUGACUUUUUUCGUGGCUGUUUGUUCUUUUGCACCUGGUGAGUGAGUUGCAGUUACUUGUGAAGUUGUCUUUGAAGUGAUCUUGAAAACCUGACAGGAAUGUACACUAUACAAAUGGAUUGAAUCUAAGCGCCACUGUUUGUGGUUAUUAAGAAGAGACUACCAACUGUGCAAGUGAAGUGGCAACGAUUGCUCGAAAGCUGAUUUGCGAAGAUUGGGUUUUUCCUGGAUGUAAUUAACCUUCCUCUGGAAGCGCGAUCAAGCUAAAAUUCGUCGAACAUCUCACAGACGAAUUAUUCGAGCAGGUGGCGUCGAUACACGACCCGGGCUAUCGCAGCGGAAGCGGCUUCGGCAGCACGAGGUGAAAUUAAGCGAGUUUUUUUUUAGAUUACUCAGUGAGCCUGGCGCGUCCGUAAGUGAGUAAGAGCUUUCGGUUGAAGCAUCGGAAAAAAAAAGUGAAAUUUCGGUUGGCUUUCGUUUGCCACUUUGCAUCCCAGAAGAAGCCCGUUGAUAAUGGUGUUAGUCAAACAUUGAGUGUCGUUGGCAAGCGAGAGCCAAGUGACGAAGAUCAUCCUUCCCGGAACUUGUCCAAGUAACGUGUGAACCGCGCUUAUUUCCCCAGUGAAAAAAGUGUCUCGUUGGCAGGAAAGUGUUCAAUUCGCGACGUGUGGCGAGUGGUUUAAAUACUGAAGAACCCGUCCAUAAUGAUAACGAUUUGCACUAACGGUAGUGUCAGUAAUCGUAGCACCAUCGCGCAGCAUCCCAUCGGGGCAAGCAGUAAUAAUCCCCAUCAUUAGUCGAAGGUUCGCGUCGAUCUUGGGCUGCAAACACAUCAACAACAUCCGUGCUAGAAAAGAAAAUCUAUCGAUUUCCUGUCGCCACAGUUUAGCUCCGCUGCCUUCGAGGGAAACAAAACAGAUGAAAAUAGGCCCCCACUGACUGCUUCGAUCUCUUUCGCUCGAUCUCUCCCUUUUGGUUGAUAAAUCGGGAUCGCCACCACCUGUCCGUCCCCACUGGAUCUCUGGCUUUGUGGUACGAAGCGUUUCUAACGCUAGAGGAAAAAAAAAAGUGGAACACAGUCAGGCCCAGUUCAGACGCAUCCGGUGGCUAUCACCGUGCAGAUCUAACGGGUCCAGUGGAGCGUAUCGAAGAAUUGGUCGAAGAAGCACGGCGAGCAAAUCUUGACACGCGUUACGUCCAUUCACACCGACACAGGUGCACGCGAGGUUCAAGCUGGAGUCGUGAGGUUUGAGUUCGAGUUCAAGUUCUGCCAUCGUCAAAAGAGUCGUCCAUCGCUGUCAAAAACGAUCUGCCAAGAUGUCCAGUAAGCCGCGUCGAGGGACAGUCCGAUGGAGCCAUCAGCGAUGCACUGCCUCCCGUACCACCAAUGCUCUGCUACUAACCUCCCUCACAGUAUUUCUAAGCAACCUGCUCAGCACAGCUCACGGGAACCCGAUGCAUCCUUUUUCCUCGGCGCUGGCGAUCGGAAGAAACCUGCGACAUCUACCGUGCGUGGUGCGAAGUACCGGAGAUGAGGGAAUCUGCAUGUUUGCCAUCGACUGCUUCAAGGCGAACGGUACCCAUUUGGGCGUUUGUAUUGAUAAGAUUUUCUUCGGCUCCUGCUGCCAGGUUCGCGAUGAUAGCUUACUGUUCAACCAUGAAAUAACGGACAACAGUAUAGACCAUAAUCACAGUUCCGGCUUGCACUUUCAGCAUUUAUCACACUCUGUGGUUGAUACCAAUAAAAAACCACCGCUCACUGAGACCCGGUUGCCGACGACAGUGGCGCCGCAAAAUGGGACGAAAUAUGAACUCGUCAGCACUUCAUCGACGACCACCCUCCGCACAACUACAAAGAUGACGCGAAGAAACGUGACCUCCCCGACUACAACAAUGAAAGCAGAAGUGAAAGAUGAUGUACCCUCGACCACUAAUUACCAAGAAUUUGCAACAUUUCAAUAUGUUCAAAGCAGUAGAUAUCCUGGGCUUACAACCACGGAGACUACUCGUCGUACGACUACGAAGGCAGCUGCUAAACCCACCACGCGGAAGCCUCCGCCCAGGACAACUACCAAGACGAAAAUAACGAGAAAACCAAUGCCCAUCAGAAACAACACACGAGCUCCAGCAGUUCAAACGACUACUCCAAAGACUGUUGUUACUACUACAGUAGCGAGCAAAAAGAAUAACACUUCUUGGGCAACUAUAUCUCGUCGACCAGCUACAACUUCCGAAACACCCACGAGUUCAGUAAGACCAACCACUGCAAGCUCUACUACUGUGAGAAGAACUACUACUCCUCCCAAGAGACCGAUUACGAUACCAACGUUGUCAGUGGAAGACCCAAUUUUCCCCACAAGAAGGCCAACGACACCGCCCUCAAUACUGCCAAUGACAAGACCCAUCAACCGAUGGAGACCAACCACGACUACUACAGAGGAACCACAGACUACUCGAGCUCCAAGACCACGACCUAGACCCACUUCAGAAAUUGCCACUGUUCCAGCCACGUCUCUAGAUCACUUGCUCGAAGAUCUAAUAACCACAACACUUCGGGAGAAUACUUCUGCAGAAAGUACGACUGAAGCUAAAACUAUCAGUAGUAGAUAUCCGAUUACGACGGUUAAUAUAACAGAAGCAACAACCCCAACACCAACGCCUACGACAACAACUCGGAAAUCUACAACCACAGCCACCGUGCCAACUACAACGGCUAAAGAAACAACUACUACCAAACAGACUUCGACGAUUCGGAUAACUACUCCGACGACUACUCCAACUACGACCACUACAUCAACUACGAGCACUACUCAAAGUACAACUACUACAUCAACAACUACACAGAAACCUACAACAACUACAACUUCGACUGUUAAACCUGCCAUCUUUACAACUACCACUACAACUACUGUUACCGCACCCAAAAAGACUACCACUGCCACUACUACUACUACUACUACUACGACAGUUAAACCAACUACCUCCCCUACAACUACUACCUCUACUGCAAAAACGACUACAUCCAGGCCAAAAACAACAACAUCUGGACGGAUCACUCCACCAGCAGACAUCGAUUAUCCGCCAGAAACAUCCCAAAUGCACAAUCUUCUGGACGAGACAACGGCUGGGGUUGGUUUAGUUACCUGGUCCAGCAUUGUCGAUUAUGUUCCAAGCGAAAAACAACCACCGGAGCAAGCCCCGGCAGGUCCUACUACUUCAAACAGUUGGGUACUGAUUCAUACACUAACCCCCGAAGAGGUGCUCGGCACCAGCGGUAAUCAAACUAAUAAUCACAGUUCGCCUACUCAAACCGCGUCGUCCAGUACGCUGAUAGAUCAGGCACUGCCAUCACUACCGCAGAACAUUGCACUGCCUGCGCUAGAAUCGCUACUGCCCGAAGCAGCCUACAUUUACACCAUUCAUGAUGAAACUAACCAAACCAUGACCGACGAGUUCAUCUCUCAUUCACAACUCGCUUCAUCAUCGUCAUCCACAGAAGACACCUUGGGCUCUUUCUCCAUCAGUACAAAAGAGCCCAGCACCAGUACUAUCACAAGUACCGGUCCAACAACGACCAUCAGUGCCAGUUCCUCUUCUACCGAAGAGGUAGAAAAAGUCGGUAUCAGUACUACAAGCAGUAGUACAAGUCCAGAGACAACCCAAGCUACUGAAGAUAUCACAACAACCACAACUCCCGAGCCAACAACGACUCCAGCAACAACUACGACUUUAGCACCAACUACGACUCCAGCAGCAACUACCACUCCAGCACCAACUACGACACCAGCAAUAACUACAACGCCACCAACAACUACAACACCACCCACAACUACUACACCUUCCACAACAGCAAUGCCACCAACAACUACGUCGACUACAACCGUUUCAACAACAAGCGAGCAAACUACAAUCAGUACAAGUACCUCAGCUACCGACACUACGAGUAGCAAUACGGUUACUGACGAUACUGCCAUCCUGUUGACUGGUCUUCUUACACAGCUUCAGUCAGGCGCUGUCUCACAAACAAGCACUUCGCCCGCCUCCACAAUCACACAUCAGGAAACCUCAUCGGCUACUGCUACCAACACUCCGGCGAUCCUGAUUGAAAUCCUUGCUCCGACAACCUCUUCUCCGAAGGAACCCUCCUCGACGCAACCUGCUACUUCACCACCCUCAACUGCUGUAGAACUCAUCACUGAAAUAACCACUGAGGAGGGAAGCUACGAAGAAGGCAGUGGCAGCGAGGAAGUAUCGGGUGAGGAAGAAAGUUCUAGCUCGGAGAGUUACGAAACAACGUUGGAACCAGGUAGUCCAACACCGAUCCUACUGUCGGAGUUGGAAUAUUGGGGUAAUACAACCAUUUCGCCGCCACGAACAACCGAAAGCACCAGCACCGAAAGUACUACCAUCACCAGUUCAACAACCCUCAACAUCACCAGCUCGCUGCAAUCGAUAGCAUCCAUGUUCAACAUUUCUACCAGCACCGGAAUGCCGGUCCGGUUUCCCAUAGACAAUGCCACCGGAGCCACCAGUCCCGCUACCGACGGCGUCACGAUAUCACCCGACUUCAUUACCACCUCGACCGUACCUUCGCUGGAGGGCAUCGACUAUCGUGCCGUGUGCGGGAAGCGGAUGUUCCCAGAGCCUCGAAUAGUCGGCGGAACUAAGGCAUCUUUCGGCCGGUGGCCUUGGCAGAUUUCGCUGCGCCAGUGGCGAACCUCAACCUAUCUGCACAAGUGCGGUGCCGCACUGUUGAACGAGAACUGGGCCAUCACGGCGGCUCACUGUGUGGAUAAUGUACCUCCCUCGGACCUGUUACUACGGCUUGGAGAGUAUGAUUUAGCAUUGGAGGAGGAACCCUACGGCUAUCAGGAGCGACGGGUGCAGAUUGUGGCAUCUCAUCCACAGUUUGACCCCCGGACGUUCGAGUAUGAUCUUGCUCUGUUGAGGUUCUACGAACCAGUGAUAUUCCAGCCAAAUAUUAUCCCUGUUUGUGUACCGGAUGGGGAUGAAAACUUCAUCGGUCGAACGGCGUUCGUAACCGGAUGGGGACGAUUGUAUGAAGAUGGACCACUACCCAGCGUGCUGCAGGAAGUAACGGUACCCGUGAUCGAGAAUAAGAUCUGUGAAACUAUGUACCGGAGCGCGGGUUACAUUGAACAUAUUCCGCACAUAUUCAUCUGUGCUGGGUGGAAAAAAGGCGGAUAUGAUUCAUGUGAAGGUGAUUCCGGUGGCCCAAUGGUAAUCCAGCGACCAGACAAACGUUUUCUGCUGGCAGGUGUCAUUUCCUGGGGUAUUGGUUGCGCGGAACCAAAUCAACCCGGUGUCUAUACCCGAAUAUCAGAGUUCCGGGAUUGGAUCAACCAGAUACUGCAGUUUUGAGAAAGAGAUACGGCCUGAAUCUACGUACAAGCUCUUAGGACAACCAUUUCGUGCAUUUCUGGAACCGGACCUUCGAACGGGAGGAUCAAGGGGCAGUGUUCAGUGUUUGCGGCACAUGAGUCGAUUUGGUCGGGGAGGGGGGUAGAAGUCGAACCAAGGUCGAAGACUUUGAUUGAGUUGUUGAUUUGUUUUAAUCUGGCCUGAGCGCCACUCGGAAUAACACAUUGAUCUGUCGAUGGAAUCGACGACUGAAGGGUGCUAGUUUUAAACCAGUUAAACACCAAGUCAGGCUAGGUGUUAAUACUUACAUUUCAUCGAUAGAUCGAUACUGGCAAUAGACAGUAUAGACAGAGAGAAAGGAAACACCCUUCUAUUGGAAGUGAGGGAACUAUGAAAAAUUUUACAUUUAUUUUGAAUGGGAGUAUAAAUUGCUCAAAGCUUGAACCAGUGUACGAAAUCAUCUCGAUCGUAUGUAACGGUACGAAACUUUUAACUGAAUUCGGACAUUUUAACAGAACACAAUUGUUUAACUUAUACGAGUGCAUGUGAGAAUGUGAGCGUUUGAUUGUGAAUUUUAUGUCAUAGUAUAAGGCAGUCUUCUCUAAGUUGUGAUAAAUAUGUAUUUGUGAAUGGACGUGGUUCGAAUGUUUUUAUUUCCGGUAUGAAAGAAUGAGUGAGACUUAGUUAUGAACAAAUUUUUGCUGCGUUAGAUUUAAACCUAAUGAAAUUAUUUAUUUAUUUAUAUACAUGAUCUAAAUUAAAAUUAAAAUUAUUUAGCAUUUCGUCUUAAUUAAAACUAGCCCAAAUCUAGGAGUUUUUAUAUUCUACAGACCAAAGACGCUUACGGUUGAAAGCGAGGUCUGGGUUAAUUUUACAUUGUGCCGACUAAGAAGGGCGAUCGAGCGUACUAUUUUGCACACAAAAAAUGAAGAAGAGUGUGGAGUGGAUCGUGCGGAUGCUAAUAUGAACGGAUAUUGUUUGUAAAUAGGUAAUUGUUAAGA